AUGUUCGCUCAGACUGCGCUUGCCGCUCCUUCGGAGAAGCGCGCGGCCAGCUGCUCGUUCCCCAACCCAUCCGUGUCCACCAACGUCAAGCUGUCCGCAGCUCGCACCAUCAAGGCUGGCGAGACCUUUGAUGGCAAGAACCUCCGCUACGGCCGUGGUGUCAAGUGGCGGUCAGAAGGAGGGCGGCACCAAGGACGCCGUUCAUCCUCGAUCGCUGCUCCAUUCAAGCUGGCUAACGAGGGUGUGCACUGCCAGGGCCCUUGCACCAUCCGCAACGUCUGGUUCGAGGACGUGUGCGAGGACGCCAUCACCAUCAGGCAGAGCUCCGGCACCUCCACCAUCACCGGCGGAGGCGCUAAGAGUGCGUCCGACAAGGUCGUCCACACAACGGCGGAGCCGCCUUACCAUUUCCGCCCAGGUCUCGUCAAGAUCGACUCGUACUGCGUCCAGGACUUCGGCAAGCUCUACCGCUCGUGCGGCAACUGUGGCACCCAGGUCAAGCGCCAGGUGCAGAUCAGCAACAUCAUCGCUCGCAACGGCAAGUUGCUUGCAGGCGUGAACUCGAACUUCGGAGACGUAGCGACGAUCGACCAAGACGAACUCGUACACCAGCCUGACAUCGGUGUGCGACACGUUCCAGGGCAACAACAAGGGCGACGAGCCGACGACGCUGACCAAGAACACGGCCAACGCCAGGUGGGCACGCUUCUCUCUCUACUGUCGUUGCCAUUCACUUACCAGAAAUAUUCGUACAGCUGCAAGUUCUGA